UUUAUUUAAAUGGUAUUGUUCAUUGAGUCUUCUGUAGUAAGAAACUAAGUCGACAUUGGUUACCUGUUUUGCAACAUUGUAGCAAGCCCGUCAUAAAAUUGUAGCAAGUGACUGCACUUCCACAGUGAGGCAGUGAGGAGUUCUUUUCUAGUCUCUUUUUGUCAAUACACCAGUUAAUAUUCUGCUUUUAAAAAUGCCGGCAGAGACCCUGGGUAAAACUCUGUCUGAAAGACUUCAGUGAUGGGCUUUUUGGAUGACGUGAUGUCAUAUGAGUCAGUCGGAGGACUAGAACUGUCGGCACCGGAGAGAGACCCCUGAACUUACUAGUCAAGCACAACAGGUUUAAUUAAACAAAAUCAGUUGUAAUUCAUCGGCUGCGUGUCAAAUCAUUAAUGUGUCUGUUGUGUCUUUGUGCCACAAACACAAUUACUUUAAAAUUAGGAGCUGUCGUUCCGCUACAAUAUCUCUACAAAGUUAAUUUCCAAUAUGGUUGCAAAGGUUGUUGUUGUACUGUUGCCUGUUGUCAUGUCCCCGCAGUGCCUGUAGUAGGCUUGUGCUGUGAGAAUCCUCACAUCCGAUGACAAAACCAACACCCCCUUGUCGUUGUAUACGGACAGUUGUUACUCAAAUAAUCGACACUAAAAUGCAUUCGGUCUCCGUGCAAAUUUUCAAGCAUGGGGAUAAGCAGGUAAUUGCUCGGUAAAAUCCUAAAACUGGCGAUAGAUGCGCCCCAUAGGGUAUAAUAGCUGUUUCUAGGUAGCGCUUGUUGUGAAUAGCGUAUUCAGCACAGAAGAGUCGAAGGUACUCGGGGCUAGCGAAAAGCACCGGGCUCGAGCUGAAGACAUCCUACCUAGCGCGCAGAACAAGGCGGCUGAGGCUCUACGCGAGGUCUGGGGAUUACAUGGUGUGACAGGCCAACGCUAAUGUGCUCCAACACUGAAGGCUCGGGAUGUACGAGGGCAAACACAUCCACUACUCGGAGCUGGACCACAAGCCUCUGUGCUCCUACAGCCCCAAGCUGUGCAAGCAGCGGAGGCUCAACGGCUACGCCUUCUGCAUCCGCCACGUGCUGGAGGACCGCAGCGCCCCCUUCAGGCAGUGCGAGUAUGUGGCCAAGUACAACAGCCAGAGAUGCACCAACCCCAUUCCCAAAGCAGAGGAACGCAGAUACUGCAAUAGCCAUCUGCAAGUCAUGGGUGUCCUGCCCAAGAAGGAGCGCAAGAAGAGGCACGACUCGCUGGAGUCGCUGGCCCUCAACAUCACCGUGCCCUCUCUGGCCCUGAAGACCUCCAAUGGUGGGCUGGACCACCUGCCCCCUUCCCCGCCGGCCUCCCUCCCCUCCCUGCUGUCGCUGGACCCCUUCGGCCUGGGCUGCGGGGUGGACGGCGUGGCCCACGCAGAGACCGUGCUCCAUAAGCAGAAGCCUUCUCAGGGCCGCCACCAGAACUCCCAUCACCACCACCACCAUCACCACCAGCCCAAGCAGCAGAAGCUCCACAGAGAGACGGCCGAGCCGGUCGUCAGGUCCUCUCCCCUUCCGAGCAACAACAACAACAACGCCAACACACCUGGGCGUUCGGCUGCCAACACACCUGGACGCUUGGUGGCCGCUCACCUUCCAAACACACCUGGCCGUACGGUCGCCCACCUUCCGCAGCACGCAAGCACACUGCAGCUACAGCACAAGCAGCAGCAGCAGCAACAGCUGAAGCAGCAGCAGCAGCAGCCUCCAGUCGCGCCCCCUGCAGUCUCCAAUGCCUCCUACUCAGUUGGUCUUCAGCAAGGGGGUGUAUGCAAGCCCGCUUCUCCUCCUGCUCCUCUUCCUCCUCCACCUCAGGCCCACCACAGCAAUGCAUCGGCGUUGUCCAAUCAGAAGCAGGAGCUGGUUUCGAGGCCCGCCUCUCAAAACAGGAAGUCAACCCCCUCUGUAAUGCCCAUACCAACGCGAGCCUUGUCGACUGCCACCCUCACACACGCGCACACCCACGUCCAUACCAACGCCAAGACCAGUGCCACCUCAGUCACACCACGCCUUUCCAUCACCAUGACACCUGGCAGGUUGUCACGGCUACAGAAGAUCAUGGAGGAGCACGCAAGCAGAUCCAGUGACUUACAUCCACACUUUGGGCUGGACUGGUCUGAGGAGUGGACCCCUGAGGACGAUGAUGAGGAGGUGGCGAGGGUGGCGUCGUACCAGUACUGGAGGCUUCAGGCAAGACGCUCCGAAGAGAGUGCUGGUAGCAGUAGCGGCAGCUCGCGUAGCCAGCGUGUGGCGGGCCUGGCAGGCCAGCUGCAGCAGCAGUACUCUGCGCUGCGCAGGGAGGAGAAGGCCCUCAGGAGGCACCGCAGGAGCCACACCGAGCUGAGGAAGGCCCUAGUACAGGCGGCCGCGCACGAGCCACACCACGCCGCACAGCUGCUGCAGAACACCAACAACACAGACGCCUCAAAUACCAGGAUCUCAUGGCAGCAGGACUCCAGGCCUGGGCUCUGCACUGGCAACACCAAGGGCAUCGCAUGCCACAACGGGGCCUUGCCCUUCACACAACACUGCUUCCAACACAUUCUAUCAAACGGCUCUCAGCAGCUCUUCAACAGCUGCACGGCGCGCUUCGCUGACGGGGCGCAGUGCUCCGUGCCAGUCUUUGACAUCACGCACCAGACGCCACUCUGUGAUGAGCACGCCAAGAAAAUGGACAACUUCCUACGGGGGGACGUGAGUCGGCGCAUGUACCACCAACAGCAGCAGCAGCAGCAGCAGCGAAAGCCCAAGGCGGCCCUGCGCAAGCCCAAGCCCAAGCCUAAAGCCAAGCCCGCGGCGCUCACCAAGAAGCACAAGAAGAAGAGCAAGAGGGGCCCCCAGCGUCCCCAGAAGCCCAUUCCCCCCGCCCUGCCCCAGGGCAAUCUGGCCAUGCCCUUGGCCUCCGCUGCUGCCGCCUCCACCACCUCCGCCGCCACCUCUACACUUACUGUUCCCACCUCACAGUCCUCCAGCAUCAGAAGCCCUUUGACUCCAGACCUCAGCGCUGAUGAAUUUCCCGACGACAUCCCGACUGAUAUCAACGACAUUUCUCACGAGCUGGAGCUCAACCAGGAGGACUUCUCCGAUGUUCUCCCCAGGCUUCCAGACGAUCUGCAAGACUUUGACUUGUUCGAAGCUGCAGGUAAGACCAGCGAGCUGCUUCCCACUUCUGAGGAGGCGGACGAGCUGGUGCGCGUGCUGCAGGCCAUGGGCUCCUACCCAGACUCCCUUGCGUGCCUCAGCAGCAUGGGUGUGGGCGACCUUGGCCAACCCGACGGCGGCUCGGUCGUCGUAGAUUCGUCGUCUGUGUCGUCGCGGCACCUCCCGAGCGGCGUGGUGGACCUCCUGAGCGCCCGGCUGACGGCCGACACCUUCUCCGGCCUGGAGCUGGACCCCAACCUCCUGCACCCCACCGUGGGGGACGUGGACGUGGACGCCGAUGACGCCUUCCCGCCGUCGCCGCUCUCCCCCCAGCCCCCUCUCACGCCGCCUUCCUCCGUGCCCGGCGGCGGCUCAGCGGCGGUGGUCCUUGCGGAUUGCACCUUCACCCGCCGGCAGCCCUUGCAGCACCACCUGGUGGCGGAUUGCGGUGGCAGUCUCAGCAGUGGCGGUGGCGGUGGUGGCGGCGGCAGUAGCACCACCAGCAGCAGCAGCAGCAGCAAUGGUGGUGGGGUCUGUCACAUAGACUUGCACAGGCUCCAGCAGGACGUUGCUGCCGCCUCCUCUUCCUCCUCCUCCGCUGGCCCCUGGAGCGGCCUGCCUCUGGACCUCACCGACGGGCCGCCUUUCCACAGCCUGGUGGGCUCCGAGACGCUGCUGCAGCUGUCCACUGCCCUGUCCACUCCUCCCGCGCCGCUGCCGCCUCUUGCACCGUGCCAGCCCACCGCGCCCCUCUCUGCCCUACCGCAGAGCAGCCUGACUGUGGCCCCCACCCCCUCCGACAUCCUCUUCAUCACCUCCUCCUCUUCCUCAGUGGCGUGCUCUGCAGCGGCCUCCACCUCCCUGCCUCAGGACCCUCUCUUCUCCUCUUCUUCCUCUUUCUCUUCCUCCUCCUCGUUGGGCGCCCUCAAGCAUCCGUCUCCCCAGCUGCUGAGCCACUGUGGCAUCCCUACUGACCUCCAGCCCCACCACAGCUCUCCGGCGCCCCCCAUGGACCAAGCGUGAAAAUGCAACUCUUUCCCCUGUUAUAAACCCUACUUCCUGUUUCCUUAGUACCUACAUCAGCCCAAUCACAGCCACAGACAGACGACCGUUGGUUUCAAAAACAAACAAACAAAAAAACAGUCAGUAUUCAGGGAUCAUGUUACAUUAAAAUUAUAAAGUGUCAGGGGUCUGUCUGGUAAACUUUUUUUUUUUUUUAACAGAUCAUCUCAUUGAAAAAAGUACAGUGUCCUUUUCUUGUCUCAUGUAGUAUAUGAGUAUAUAUAUCUUAUCUUAUAUAUAUAUAUAUACACACUCAAAGCAAUAACGACUCCCCCCUUCAGUGUAGUAGCUCCGUUUUUUUCCUCUGGUUUCGUUGUUAGGCAAUGGUGGACAAAACCUUGGAUUUUUCUAGAAAUUAAAAACAUGCAUAUUUAUAAGUAUGACUAUGAAUAGGUUAGUGGUCUGCACAUAUGGUUUUUAUCAACGAGUGAAAAACGUGUGGUUGUUGUUGGUGGAAAAAUGUGAGAAUAUUUAAAAACAAACAAACGAAACACAAAAAAAGAUGUGGAAUGUUUAUUUUUGUCAUCUGCGCAUUUGGUUGAGAGGGUAAACUUGCCCUACAGUUCUGUUGUAUGUUGAUAAAAAAAAUGGUUGUGGUUUGUGACUGAUGGUGUUGUUUAACUUAACAUGCUUUUGGUUGCUGUAGACCUGCGUGGCUAGUGGGUGGCACAGAUGUAUUAGUCAGAUGAUCCCUCUCAUAGCACCCCCUCCCUCCAAGCUAAAACAGCAUCCCUUUCAAAGUCCCACUCACAACAGUCAAUGCAACUAUUUUGGGCACUGUCCGAAAAGCUCAAUCAUUCACUAUAUAGUGCAGAAGGUUGCAUUGUCUCCCCUUAGAGUGCACUAUGUUGUGGAAGACCGAGUGCUAAAGUGAUACUGUCCCAUUUUUGGAAAUAAGCUUAUUUUACACCUCUGAUUGAGGUUUACCUUUCUCCUGUACUUCCUGUCGGUCUCUGAGUAUGGCAGUGCAAAUUUUACCUCCAAGCUAGCAGUUAACAUUUAGUCCUAUGAGACCAGUUAUAUGAGACCAGCUAGCGGCUAACUGGUCUCAUAGGACUCAAUGUAAAAUUUGCACUGGCAUACUCAGAGAAUGGUUGAAAGUACAGGAGAAAGGUAAAACUCAAUCAUUUAACUCAAGGAGAUGUGUAAAAUAAGCUUAUUUCCAAAAAUGGGACAUUAUCACUUUAAGGAUUCAGCCUUGGUGUCCGUUUUCGUUCCCGUGCAUGCGCUCAGCCUCUACACAUCCGGCUGACUCUCGAGAUUGCAGAUGACAAAAUGUUUUUAAAAAUCGAUCCGUUUCCUCCCUCAGGGAUACCGGAGGCCAAAAUUGGGGGGCUUUGUGGGUUUUUCUUUCCUUCUCAAAACGACACGAGUGGUUUUAAGGGUAUAAGGUAGUUGUCUAUUCUGCUUUUUGCCAACACACGAUGAAAUAAACAUAGAGGGCAAACUCUGAUGAAUCCUUUAAGAAAAUUCCCUUGUAUUCAUUGAAUGUAUUGUUAUCAACAUCACAUGAAGCGUCUGAUAGUCUAACAAGCUUUUACGAGUCCUUUUUAUGUGUUAAAGGUAUUUUUAUGUAUUUCAGAUGUUUACAUUUUUACUUAUAUUUUUUUCUCUGAACAGAUAUUGUAAUAUGUGUGCAAUACACAUGUACGUUCUGUAUAGUGAGAGAAUUUAUCUUUUCAGUUUUGUUUUUUCCAAUGUGUGAAUUAAACUUGCUGUGACCAUGAA